AUGUUGGUGGGGAAAAGUAGGGCCGCCCGAGAGCGAGUAACCUCUUCCUUCCUGAUGCCUUUCGAUUCUAAAGAGAGAAGAAGGAGAGAGAGAGACAAAGUGUAUUUACUUUUUCUAGAAGGAGGACCGCAAUAGCACAAGCAUCGAGCACAUCGCCGCCCGCCACAUCAGAUGCUCUAUGCGGUUUCGUGAGGUGAGAGGAGACAACGAACGAUUAUCCGGUGGCAGAUUAGGAAAUCUUUCACUUUUUUUUUCAUCAGAAACGUCAUGAUCUUUAGGGAUUUCCUAUUCUAUAAACUAGCAAGAAUUACUAGAGAUUUUCGGGACCAAAAACAGAAUUGCCCAUUAUUCCAGAAUAACAUCUUUCUGCUUCUCCUCUAUUUCUCCAUUCCUCACGCGGCAAAUUCCAAUGUGGUAUUUACGGUUGAAGAGGGAAAUGUGACGACGCCACAUCGACAUCUUCACAAGCUUCGUCAUUCCAGAGGUACUUUCUAUUUUACAUCCAUUUCGAUUUAAAUACAAUACGCCUCCUUCAGGCUCGUCGCCCUAUCUAACCGCUUCUUCGUCGGUCAUCAACCCGCGCGAUUCGAAUAGUCUCGAAUCGUUCUCACUCAAUUGUCCACAUGUUGUGGAUGCCAGUAACAAGAAUGUGAGUCAUCCGACCGACUUCUCAUCCUAAUCUCUACCGCUAUUGUAUUUAGGUUCACAUCGAAAUCGUGUGGACGCUGAACGAGACGGUCUGGCUGAAAAUCGAGGACGGACAGCAGCGAGUUGUGAAUGGAGAGUCGACAUUCAACAAGAGACGCGUCGCAGGUUAGUUAGGCAUUCUGAAGAUUCUCCGAGAAGCUUUACUACCACUUCAUGCAUUCAUUAGACGGAACUUUUGAGCGGAAUAGAAAGAACUUUUGGAAAGUACGGAAUGUUUGGAGAAAAAUUAGGAUGAGAACAUUUUAGACUUAAAAAAAACCCGAUUCUAUACUAUUCACAGUACGCUCCAAUGUACCAAUUUCUAGGAAAAACCGUAAUGCGUCUCCUUCUGAACAACGCCCGUUAUCUGUUCGAUUACGACGAGCUCACCGGCGACUUCUCGAUGGAAAUCUCGCCGGUUCUGUGGUCUUCCGAUUGCGGCGCGUGGCAAUGUCACGUCACCGUUCGCCAACCGAACGGAAAAUCGCACACGCUCACCAGUCGCCGUCGUGUAAAACCCGGAGAGAUCGGAGCGCGGAAGGAGUCGCGGGGCGAGACGAGGAGCGAAAAGACACCGAUAUCUCGGGUGAGCCAUCAGGAAUAGGAGACGACGACUUCUAAUUGAAACGAUGCGGUUUGCAGAUAGAGGAGAAGCCGAUGAAGGUCAAACCGAGCGGCGAGGAGCACAUUGAUAUUUCGAGUGUCGCAGAGGAGAAAGGUCCGAUUCACAUCCAGAAACGAGGAGAUCGAUCUUUCGACCACAACCAGAACUUUGCCUCGUUCUCCCGUCAAAACGACGAUAACGUCUACAUGUCUAGGUACGGAAUGGACCGAACCCGAUGAGAAUUCUGACGAUUUCAGAAAAUCCGAAGAAGUCUCGUCGUCUUCGGUGAUUUUCGCCCGCAACGACGGUCCGAUUCGUCAGCACAAACCGGUCAGACAUCGCGAGUUGGAGCGACUUUUCGACGCUCAAAUCGAUUAUGAAUUAGGUUGGCUUUUCGUGUUCCGGGCAAUCAUUUAUCGAUUGAUGUUUUCUGUUGCAGAUAUGACAGAAGACAUGUCAUUCGCCUAUCCGAACUUCUUGAAUUCGCGCGCCCGCGCCCGAAGUGCACAGUAUUAUCACAACGGAGGUUCCGCCACGUCAUCAUCAUCAUAUCUCUCGACAGCCCUUCUUCUUAGCUUUGUUUUUUUGUUCACUUUGUAA